GAAGGCCACGGUGGUCCAACCCAUGAGUCCAUGCAGGCUGUGUUUGACCUACAAUCCUUCAGGCCGGCAGUGAACCUCAGCAAUCCCACCAUAGCCAACAUCUCUUUCACACUGUAUGCUGUCCUGGGGGUGAAUGAGAAGACCCAGAUACUCACUACUUUCCUGUGGCUGAGACUGUACUGGAACCAUGAGUUCCUGGUUUGGGAUCCUGAUGAGUGUGACGGUAUCACCAGGAUUUCUCUCCCCGUGAAGCAACUGUGGUCUCCAGACAUCAUCAUUUAUGAGUUUGUGGAUGAUGAUGUCUCCCAAGCAUGUCCUUACGUCUACAUCAACCACACAGGUCACAUUCGCUGGGACAGGAUGCUCCGGCUUGUUUCAGCCUGCAACCUGGAGAUCUUCAGUUUUCCUUUUGAUGUGCAGAACUGCACAUUUACUUUUGGUUCUUAUAUGCACACCAUAAGGGAUGUGAGGGUGAGCCCAGCCCUGACCUUUAAAGAGAUGUCUGGAAACUCAAAACGUUACCUAGAGGCCAGUGGAGAGUGGGAACUUGUGGACAUACUGGGAGAGACCUCCAUUCUCAAGUUUGGCAUCGAUGAGUGGGACAUCAUCACUUUCUGGGUGGUCAUAAAGCGGCGUCCAGUGCUCUAUGUGGUCAACCUGCUGAUCCCCAGCUCCUUCCUCAUGCUCAUCGACAUCCUGUCUUUCUACCUGCCUCCCCACAGUGUGGACCGUGCCUCCUUUAAGAUGACCCUUAUCCUGGGCUACACUGUCUUCCUGCUCAUCAUGAACGACCUGCUGCCCAGCACAGCAAAUGGCACACCCAUCAUAGGUAUCUAUUUCUCCGUGUGUCUGGCCCUCAUGGUAAUCAGUCUACUGGAGACCGUCAUCAUUACUAAUGUUCUCCACCACAACUCCAUGAAAUUCCAAGAGGUUCCACACUGGGUGAGGGUUGUUGUCCUCAAACACAUAGCGAACCUAAUCUGUUACCACUGGCAGGAGGACAUCCCACCUCCCUCUAUACCUCAGAAGGAUAAACCUGAAAGCUCAAAUGGUUCGGGUCCAUCCAUCCAACCAGUGAGCCAGACAACUGACCAGCAUCCAACCAGCAAUGUCGUGGAGCUGCCCUCACUGCCUGAACUGCAACAGAUCUGCCAGUACCUGAGUGACCUACGUGCCCAUCUCACCUCGCUGCAGAAGGAGAGCGAGCUGCAGGACCAGUGGUGUCAUGUUGGAUAUGUCCUCGACUUCCUGCUUUUCCGCAUCUAUCUGCUGCUUAUCUCCUGCUAUGCCCUGGUCAUCAUCUCAAUGUGGUGCAUCUGGAUCAGCCAGUCUUAA